AUGAGCAAUAGAAUCGUGAAGGUCCUCCGGGCCGGAAGAUUGGAUUAUGGAGCAGCCCUUAGUUUGCAGAAGAUCUUAGCCGAUUUACAUCACGGUAAUAAAGAGUUAGUAACAGAGACACAGAACACUUUGGUCUUACUGGAGCACAAUCCAGUCUACACCAUUGGAAUACGGAGGAAAGAUUAUUCUGUGGAAGAAGAAAGAAAGUUGACAAAACUUGGCGCCCAAUUCUUUAAAACCAAUCGUGGUGGGCUGAUUACUUUUCAUGGACCUGGCCAACUCAUUGCAUACCCAAUUUUGAAUCUGAAGCAAUUCGCACAAGCAAGUAUUAGAUGGUACGUGAAUGAGAUAGAAAACAUGAUAAUACGAUUAUGCGCGGAAUUCGGUAUCAAAGGUGAAACCUCGCCUGACACAGGAGUUUGGGUAAACAAUAACAAAAUUUGCGCUAUCGGAAUUCACGGAAGUCGAUACAUAACGACUCACGGACUUGCUCUGAACUGCAACACCGAUUUGAAGUGGUUUGAGCAUAUUGUGCCUUGCGGUAUCAAGGGGAAGGGCGUCACAAGCAUAAGUAAAGAACUAAAACAGGAUAUUACGGUUGACGAUGUAAUCCCUGUGCUGUGUAAUGCGUUUAAAGAUCAAUUUGAAUGCUCUCUGAUUGACUAUCCGCUGAACAAAGCAUCGAACUUACUAAGAACUGCUGUUAAUUCGACAUACCAGUAAAUCAAAUAGAAAGUCACGUGAAUAUACGCGUAAUUGCUAUUGGGUCUCAUAAUUAUGAGAAAUAUCAAGCUAAACGUAGCGGCCGAAGUUACCGGACAAAUAUCCUAUCGUUGAUUAAAAUAAUACAUCGAAACUUGUGAAUCAGAACUGUGGCAAAUAUUAUGGAAUAGUAAUAUUCUGAUAAGAUUAUAGGUGUGCAAUUUUAUAACAUUGUUAAAUUUAAAAGAAAUUGGGUGCAUUCUAGCUACUAGCCUUAGCACCAUAUUAAAAAUGUUAUAUUAGAGAUCAGUUUCCAAAAAACGAAUUGUAAAUAAAUACAAUAGGUGACCUUAGUGGUCAAGUAUCAAUUACAUGUAUUAAUAUUGGUAAAAUAAAACAGGUUUACGAUUCAA